AUGGAUUUAUUUAACAAAUUGUGUGAAUGGCUUCAGAGUACACCCAAGUGCUCAAUAAUCCUCGUAUAUGUAGCCAUACUUAUUGACAAUCUAUUGCUUACGUCUGUGGUGCCAGUGAUUCCCGAUUAUCUCAACAAAAUCAGCGCCGAUUCCAACGAUACGAUCACACUAUCGAUGCCAUUAUUUAAAAGUCUGAUCGAGAUCAAUUCAAGCAACACCGGCGAUAUGACCAGAAUCUAUAAUAACAUCAUUUCCAUGCAUUCAAACACUGUUUUUGACGACGAAAACGGAAGAAUCGGUUUCCUAUUGUCGACCAAAGCGUUCGUACAAAUGAUCUGCAAUUUCUUUUUAUAG